AUGAUUACUGCUCCUAUGCUGAAGCGUGACAAAGGCAUAAGUGCUAUUGAAGACGUUAUCGGCUCAAUUCCUUCUCUGCCGAAUCAAUAUUGCGCCUCCGCACCGGUCCUAAGGUCUAGAUUCUUUGAUUACCACCACCAACGGAGAAUUCAAAGUCGGAGUCACUCUGACGGCAUUUCGAAUGAGCCGACGAAACCAAGAAAUCCAGAGACGAACAACUCAGACGUUGUUGCGGCCUUGGUUGCAAAGAAGAUGAUGAUGAUCGAAUCUGUAGUGAAGUUGAUGAAGAUGCUUGAUACCGUUGAAUCCCUCUUUUAUGGGUUGCGGUUAUGCAUUAAACUGAAUAGGGCAUCAAGUUUAUUUGGUGAACUGUUUUGGUAUGAACUAGUUUGGGCUAUUUCUUGGUGGAAAUUUUAA